CUCUUAUCAUAACUACAUAAACGUUGUAUUUCCACUAUCGUAAUUCGCUCCUUUAAAUGCAAAUAAUAACAAAAAUCAGAAAUACCGCGUUUAUCACUGAUGAGAGAGCAUCUUCCUACCACGUUCGAAGAAUCAUUAUUUUCCGAAUCCCGUUUUUGUUUAUAAAACCUUAAACAACAAUAGUCCUUGUUUAAAUAGCCAAGUUUGCAAACAGAAGGGCAGUGGGGCCGCGCUAUAUAAAAAUAAAAAAAUAUCGUUAAUUAGUUAUAUUGUUAGAGCCUUUUUAUUGUUAAGUGAGUGAUAACUAAACUGCAACGAUGACUACACAAAGACUUUUGUGCUUGCUGUUGACGAUAUGUCUUUCACAAAAAAUUUCCGGCGCUGGAUCACCGUCGUUAUCGAAUAAAUUUCGGAUAUGGUACCAAUUUAAACAACUGGAUUUCGAGUAUAAAAGUGCUGCGGAAAGGAAAGCAGAUAUAAAUGCUGGCGUCUUUAUUCCAGGAAAACCAGCUCCGAUUGACACCGAUGUCUACUACCCAGCGAGAGAAAAUCCUGUAGUAUUUGUUACGAUCCCAAGAUUCCAAGAUGGUAUUCCUGCUACGUUGGGCACCAUCGUUCUUGAUAAAAAUGGAAAUCCAAUUAUUAGACCCUACCCUGAUUGGAGUUGGCAUAAAAAGCCAAAAGAUUGUAACCCAUCAAGAAUUGUGUCUGUAUACAGAGUAAUGAUCGACGAAUGUAAUAGACUUUGGGUUUUGGACAGUGGAAAAUUAGGAGAUCAAGUCGAUUGUAAUCCUCAACUUUUGGCUUUUGAUUUAAGGACAAAUCGACUUAUUAGUAAAUACGAAAUACCAAAGGACCAAUGGACCAUAAAUUCAACAUUUGUAACACCUAUCGUUGAUAUUAUAAGUAGAGAAAAUUUUUGCGAAGAUACAUACGUAUAUAUGGCUGAUUGUAUCUGGGAUAACCCGUCCAUCGUAGUAUAUAACCAUCUUAACCGGGAUUCGUGGAUAGUUCAAGAUGAAACUAUGAAACCUGAUCCAAAAUUUGAAAAGUUUACGAUUGACGGUAAAUCAUUUGACUUGCUGGACGGGAUAUUGGGAAUGUCCAUUACUCCAUUUGUUCCUGGACUUGGUAGACGACUUUUUUAUCACGCCAUGAGUAGCGAUAGAGAGCAUUAUAUUAAAACUUCCGAUCUGAAAAAUAGGUAUUUGUGGGAGCUCAAAAGACGUUUUCCAACUCUUUUUAAGACUUAUGUUGGAACAAGAAAAACACAAAGUGCUGCAGAGGCAAUUGACAGUACCGGAGUACAGUAUUUUGGUUUAAUGAAAAAUAUAGAAGUUGCAUGCUUUGUCACCAAAGGAGAGUACGGCAUUCCCGGCAACUAUACAGAUAUUGUGGCGAACAAUCAACAAACGUUGCAAUUUAUUGGUGGCAUGAAGGUCAAAAAUAACCCGCAUAAUGGGGACGAAGAGUUAAUUAUAAUAACGUCCAGAUUCCAGAGAGUAAUAACAAAUACAGUAAAAUCAGGGGAAAUUAACUUUAGAAUCCAAACAGCUUCUACUUCGGACCUAAAAGCCGGCACAAAAUGCGAUCAACAUAAUUCCGAAGACUACGGGGACACCCAACUUCAGUCCAGCACCAGUCAUUUUUAUUUUUUUUUAUAUUUUCAUUAGUUUUACAUAUUUAAAAAACUAAAUAAAAUGUUUUGCAUAUAAAAUUA